CGGUCGUGACGGGAAGCACGUCAGGGAUAGGAAGGGCGAUAGCGGAGGCGCUGGCUAAGGCAGGCGCGACGGUUGUCGUGAAUGGGAGGACAGAGUCUACAGUGCGGAAGGUGGUAGGGGAACUUAAGUCUAAGUACGAUCAUUCUGGAGUUGAUUUCAUCGGAUUUACUGCUGAUGUGAGCACCAAAGUUGGUGCCGAGCACCUGUUAUCUUGCGUCUCUGCCCUUGGGCAACCUGUUCACAUCCUUGUUAAUUGUGUUGGAUUGGACGAUUUCAAGGAUUACUUCGACUUCACGGACUACGAUUGGCAGAAAUCGUUCGAUGCUAAUUUGAUGAGCGGGGUCCGAUUAUCUCGCGGGGUCCUGAACGGCAUGUUAUCAAAAGGAGAGGGAAGGAUUAUAAUGAUUUCCUCCGAUCUUGCUCUUCGACCCAAUCCGAGCUUCAUGACCCAUAGUGUAAUGAAGGCGGCGCAGUUGGCGUUCGUUAAAGGGCUCUCAGAACUUACAAAGGGGUCGAAAGUGACCGUGAAUUCUUUGGUGGUGGGGCCCACCUUCACAAGAGGGAUGGAAGACACGCUGAUCAAGAUCGCGGAGCAGAGAGGGGUUGCAUCCGAGGUCCUAGCUGAGACCUUCUUUAAGGAUGUCGAGCCUGGGUCGGUGAUCGACAGGUACAUUAAUCCGGAGGAGGUGGCGGCUUUCGUCCUCUUUCUAGCGUCCGAUCAGGCCAAGUCAAUCAACGGCUCUGCGCAACGGAUUGAUGGCGGGAUCGUCAAACACGUGUAAAGCUAGACACAGGAGUCUGUUUCAAAAUGAGCGGCGGCGGCGGUGGUGAAGCAUUUGACAGGAGUGCGAGAUGAGCUGGCAAAGGGC